AUGUCGGCCUCACCCCAGACUACACAGUCCACCAAGCGUCCCCUCGAGGAGACAUCUUCUCCUUCUCGUACUGCCGACCAACCUGAGGCAAAGCGACCAGCCCUCGACAAGAUCAUUCGCAGUGACGAGGAGAUUAAGACCUCUCAGCCUGCAGAGAACGGCCAUGCCACUGCUGCUCCUAUCACCGCACCUGAUGCAAACGGCGAGACAACUACCAAUGGCGAUAAGGUCAAGGCGGAAGGAAAGGAUGAGCAAGGAGACACCAUAGUGCCAGAUGUUUCUGAGACGAAACCCAUCACCAGCACUGGCCCAGCAAUUCCUACCCAGGCACAACCCACAAACACUCAUGAUGAGACCGCAUGGAUCCACAUUCGAGCUGUUAUUACCAGCCCCGAGGCUGCCACCAUCAUUGGCAAGGGUGGCGAGAAUGUUUCCAAGAUCAGACAGAUGGCACUGGCCAAGUGCACUGUCAGCGACUACCAAAAAGGAGCUAUUGAGCGCAUCUUGACCGUCAGCGGCAACGUCGAUGCUGUCGCCAAGGCUUUUGGGUUGAUCAUCCGCACACUGAACAAUGAGCCUCUGUCUGAGACCUCGAACGCUCACUCCAAGACUUACCCGCUUCGUCUUCUGAUUCCCCACAUUCUCAUUGGGUCUAUCAUUGGCAAGGGAGGUGCCCGGAUCAAGGAGAUUCAGGAGGCGUCAGGCGCUCGCCUGAACGCUUCAGACUCGUGCCUACCCCUUUCUACAGAGCGAUCGCUGGUGGUCAUGGGCGUCGCAGACGCCGUGCACAUUGCGACCUACUAUGUUGGCAGUACUCUUCUAGAGCAGCUUAAUGAGCGGUUUGGAGGCCCCGCAGCAUCUGCUUAUGCCACCAGAAGCGGCGGCCCGGCUGGUGUCGUCCCUGGCGGCAUGCAAGUUGUCCCCUAUCUGCCCCAGCCCGCCAGUGGCAACUAUGGCAACCGCGAGAACUAUGGUAGACAUGGUCGCCAUGACCCCCGAGCCCAUCACAUCCCGCCAAACCCAUAUGCUCCACAGCCGUAUGGCGCCCAUCCUCAGCAGACUCCACAGCCGAACGCCGCUAUGCCUAUGCAUUACGGCGCGCAAACCGGCGGUGCCUACGGUGCUGCCCCGAUGCAGCCCCAUCAAGCACCUCAUGUUGGCCCUCAGCCCCAUGGCGGUCCCCAAGCCCAGCCCAUGCAUGGCGCCAUGGCAGGUGCCCCUCUGACCCAACAGAUUUAUAUUCCAAAUGAUAUGGUCGGCGCAAUUAUUGGUAAGGGCGGCCAGAAGAUCAACGAGAUCCGACAGAUCAGUGGCAGUGUUAUCAAGAUCAACGAGCCGCAAGACAACAGCAAUGAGCGUCUUGUCACAAUCACAGGCACGGAGGAGUGCAACCGCAUGGCUUUGUACAUGCUCUACUCUCGACUUGGUGAGAUGAAGAACGCCGCGUUACGACCAGAUUUCAGCUCAAGACGCUAA